CAUCUUCUUCCUAGCCGGGUAAUUACUCAGUUUCCUGCCGGUAUCUGGAUCGAAAAUAUUGCCGUUCGCUCAAAUGGUAAUCUUCUUCUUACAAGUUUUCUACCAAAUGCGACCUUAUAUGAGGUGUCAGACUUGGACUGUCAGACGCCAACCGUUACCCGCCUGUUUACUGUAGACGCAGUUACAAGCUUCUUUGGAAUAACGGAGACAACCGAGGAUGUUUUUGCUGUGGCUGGUGGAAAUUUUAGCGAGUCAGCAGGAAUUAUUAAGGGAACCUCUUGUCUUUGGAGAGCUGAUUUCACUCGUGGUCAGCCCUCUUAUCCUGAAUUGGUUGCUUCCCUUCCUGAUGCGGUUCUUCUCAACGGCGCAACAACGGUUCCUCAAAGAAAUCACUUGGUGCUUUUAGCAGAUUCAAUCUUAAACGUUGUUUGGCGCGUUAACAUGAAAGAAGGCACGGUGGACAAGGCGAUUCAAUUUUCACCGGAAAGAGAAGCUUCUUCAGCCGUUAACAUCGGUCUAAAUGGGAUUCAUAUCCAUGGCGGUUAUCUGUGGUUCACAAACGAUACAGCAACAGCUAGCCCUGUGACUGGUAAUCUCGAAACAUCCAUGUAUCGAAUCGAAGUUAACGAGAAUGGAGGAGCCGCUAAUGGUACGUCAGCUGAGAAAGUUCUUACUCUGCCAUCAGUGGCAAUUGAUGACUUUACAUACGGCCCUGGUGAAAGGAAUGUUAAAUGGAUAGCGGCAAACAAGGAAAACAAAGUAUUCGCAGCUGCUCCGGAUGGUAAAUACGCGGUUGUUGCUGGCGCGUCUAACUCAUUUGAAGUGACGACAGCGACGGCCUGCAAAUUUGGAAGAACGAGAGGGGAUUGGCAUAUUCUUUAUGUAUCGACUGGCGGUGGCAUGAUCAACGGCACGACUGAGGGGGGUAAAGUGCAGGCG